GACGCAGCACGUCGUGGUAUAACUACGUGACGCGCGACGGUAGCUUCCUCUUUGAUCGCCAGACCGCCUUUCAAGAUGGCGCCGCAGAAAGACAAGAAACCUAAGAAGUCAACCUGGAAAUUUAAUUUGGACCUUACCCAUCCAGUAGAAGAUGGAAUUUUUGAUUCUGGAAAUUUCGAACAGUUUCUACGGGAGAAGGUUAAAGUCAAUGGAAAAACUGGAAAUCUGGGGAAUGUUGUUCACAUUGAACGCUUCAAGAAUAAAAUCACAGUUGUUUCUGAGAAACAGUUCUCUAAAAGGUAUUUGAAAUAUCUUACCAAGAAAUACCUUAAGAAGAACAAUCUUCGUGAUUGGCUUCGUGUGGUUGCAUCUGACAAGGAAACUUACGAACUUCGUUAUUUCCAGAUUAGUCAAGAUGAAGAUGGAUCUGAGUCUGAAGACUAGGUGAAUGAAGCUGCCCCUUACAGGGUUUUGCUUGUUAAUAAAACGAAGGAAACAGCUAGAAAUGGACUUUUAGUUUAUUGGCGAAUAAAAAGCAUUAUACCCUGUA